CACAACAGUACUAUGGAAUCUGCCGUCCCUCACCCGGCUGAAGCGCUAGGCAGGACGCGACUCUCACGCCACCUCUCCUUUCCUGGCGCUUGCGCCCCCCGCCUCUGCCCCGCAGUGCGGCCGCGCGUGCGCCUAGGCCCCAGCAUCUCGCACCGCCAGUUGCCGUGGAAACCGCAGAAGGAGGCUGCGUCCGCAGACCUAGCUGUAAGCUGUACCGAGGCCCGGGCAUGGAGCUGCCAGAUCCGGUCCGCCAGCGGCUGGGAAACUUCAGCCGGACCGUGUUCAGUGACUCCAGCCGGACCGGGCCAGAGUACAGCGAGGGUCCGGGUGAGUGGGCGAGAUAAUGAAAUGGUGUCCAGUUUGGGAUUGCAAAUGUCACUUUAUUUUAACACUUACUUUUUCCCACUUUGGUGGAUAAGCAGCAUUAUGAUGCUUCAGAUGAAGUAUUCAAUCUUGCCUGAUUACUACAAAUUCAUCGUGGUCACUGUUAUCAUCCUAAUAACCUUAAUUGAAGCUAUCAGGUUGUAUCUGGGCUACAUGGGGAACCUACAGGAAAAGGUUCCUGAGUUGGCUGGCUUUUGGCUUUUGAGCCUUUUAUUGCAGCUGCCAUUAAUUCUCUUCUUGCUCUUUAAUGAGGGCCUAACAAAUCUGCCCUUGGAAAAAGCGAUACACAUCAUCUUCACUUUGUUCCUUACUUUCCAAGUUGUUUCAGCCUUUCUUACCCUGAGGAAAAUGGUAAAUCAGUUGGCAACUCGUUUCCACCUCCAAGACUUUGACCGGCUCUCUGCAUAUAGAGGGGGCAUGAGAAGAAUGAGAUCCUGUAUAGAAGAGAUUUGACCCAAUGCUGUUGAGUGAAAAACUGCAAGAUCAGCUCUUCUACCAGACUGUAAGAGGAAAACCUCAGAGUUCUAGCAGGAGAAGGAAGACAAAACAAGUGUUUUGAACUGUAUAUUCUCUAGAUCUGAAAUUCCAAAGUUGGGGGGCAAUGAUGAGACUGUAUAUGAAAGUAGUAAGUCAACCCUAAAUACCUAAAUACCUAAAGCCUAGAUAUUGUCCACAUGGUGCCAAUUAUCUUAAUAUUUUUGUUGUUGACUUUUCAGGUGUGUAGAUACCAGUGCUGGUAGUCACAGGUUACCAGCUUUACAGGACUAUUUCUUGUUAGCACCUAAAACCACAAAUGUGUAUAUUUGUUUUAAACUUGCUGGCUGUCCAUGUCUUGGCAGUACAUCUGAAGCAUUAGGCAAUUCUUGUCAAUAUUCUGGUGUAUUAAAACUAUAUUUGUAAAUCAAGGCACCAAAUUUUCAUGUCUGCUAAGAUUAAAUUCUAACCCUCCUCUUAGCUUUUAUGUUGAAGUUUAAAAACAGGUGGAUUAUCAUGGUAUUUUGAAAAUCAUAAAAUUGUAAUUUUCAUAAAAUGAUGUUCAGUAUUUAUAGUGGUGGUAUGCAAGAUAUCUUUAUAAUAAAUUAUGAAAUAUUGAUGUUAAAGUAUUUGCAACAAAUCA